AUGGCAACGGUAGAAAACUCACCAGCGGUCAAAACUAUGGCCGACGCUGAAACACAGAGCAGCGACCCUAUCCAUGAUCCUGAUUUCGCGCAUGAGGCGCGGAGUCAAACUAUUUAUACCACGGCUGGCAGACUAUCCGACGUCUCUGCGGCGCAUCCCGACUCAGCGAAACACCUGUUUGCUGGAAGAAGUGACGAGGAAACCGCGAAUAUGGCUCUUGUAGGUUUCCUCGAGGUGUUGAGCUAUGACUGCAAGAAAGCAAGGAGACUGCGUUGGGAUCCGGAUAGACAAAAUGUGACCGUCACGAUGGGAAAUGCUAGGAUUGUAGCAAAGACGGAUGGCCGCUUGUCUAGACUAGAGGCGCCGAGGGACGGUCAGAUCUUCGCCAUUGUUGAAGUGAAAUCGUUCAUAUUGCGAAAUUGCGGAAGAACGAUGGAAAACCUGAUGCAAAUGGGAGUCGAGAUGGUAGCAUGGAUCCGCCAAGCGAUCCGAUAA